AUGACCGACCUCCACCAUCGUGACCCUCACCAUCGCCAGUCUAGUUCAUCGCCGGAUACCCUCGAAAGGGGUUAUCCAGAUGAUGUUGCCAAAGGCGGUUACAGUGAGAAAACAGGUGUUCUCGUCCCAGGACAAGCCCAUGCUGUUGAGUAUGAAGAAGGCCACCGGUUGCAUCGUGGCCUCAAGGCUCGUCAUAUCACUAUGAUUGCCAUUGGCGGUGCUAUUGGUACUGGUUUAAUCAUCGGAACUGGCAAGGCUCUCGCCCGAGCUGGUCCAGGUGCUAUCUUCAUCUCAUACUCGGUCGUCGGUUUCAUCGUAUACCUCGUCAUGUGUGCUUUAGGUGAAAUGGCUGCCUGGCUUCCUCUGUCCUCCGGUUUCACUGGCUACGCUGUCCGGUUCUGCGACCCUGCUCUUGGUUUCGCUCUGGGUUACACAUAUUGGUUCAAGUACAUUAUUGUCACGCCCAAUCAGUUGACUGCUGCCGCUCUGGUUAUCCAGUACUGGGUUCCGCGAGAUCGUGUGAAUCCUGGUGUCUUCAUUGCUGUGUUCCUGGUGACCAUUAUCUGUAUCAAUUACUUUGGUAUCAAGUUCUUCGGCGAGUUUGAGUUCUGGUUGUCCACCAUCAAAGUUAUUGUAAUUGUGGGUGUCAUUAUCCUAUCACUUGUGCUUGCCCUAGGUGGUGGUCCAGAUCACGACCGGAAAGGGUUCAGGUACUGGAAUGACCCUGGAGCGUUCAACACCUACAUCGAGAAAGGCGCGAGUGGACGAUUCCUCGCGUUUUGGUCCACUAUGGUCACUGCCACGUUUGCCUACCUCGGAACUGAGUUGGUUGGUGUCACCGUCGGCGAGGCUCAGAACCCACGAAAGACGAUUCCUCGUGCCAUCAAACUCACAUUUUACCGAAUCCUGUUCUUCUACAUUCUCAGUGUCCUCCUGCUCGGUAUGCUCGUUCCUUAUGACAGCGAAGAGCUUGCAUUUGCCACAAAAGCCUCCAACUCAGCAGCCGCAUCUCCAUUCGUCGUGGCGAUCAAACUCGCAGGAAUCGACGCAUUGCCCGGGAUUCUCAACGGCUGCAUUCUGCUUUUCGUUUUCUCUGCCUCCAACUCCGACCUUUAUAUUGCCAGCCGUACUCUCUACGGCCUAGCCAGCGAAGGCAAAGCUCCCCGCAUCUUCAAGAAGACCGAUGCAAGGGGCGUCCCGAUCUACGCACUAGGUGCCUCCGCAGCAUUCGCCUUGCUUGCAUUCAUGAACGUCUCGGACGAUUCCAAGGCCGUCUUCACCUACUUCGUGAACCUCACUACGAUCUUCGGUCUCUUGACCUGGAUCUCCAUCCUCAUCGCACAUAUCUACUUUAUUCGAGCGCGCAAAGCACAGAACGUGCCUGACACCGCUCUUGCCUUCAGAGCACCCCUCGGCGCCGCCGGCUCAUACGGCGCACUGGCACUUUGCAUUCUAAUCGCACUGACCAAGAACUUCGACGUCUUCGUUCAUGGAUCAUACGGCAACUUCGACUACAAGAACUUCAUCACCGGGUACCUCGGCAUCCCGCUUUACUUGAUUAUGAUCUUCGGAUACAAGUUCUGGACCAAAGCUAAGGGCGUCAAGCCCCAUGAGGCAGAUCUCUGGUCCGGGAAGGAUGUCAUCGAUCGCGAGGAGGAGGAGUUCUUGGCCGCUAAGGCUGCCAAAGAGGCUGAGAAAGGGCCAACCCGUGGCGGCUGGUUCUACAGGACUUUCAUCUCUUGGCUGUUCUAA